ACGAUGGCAGGCAGCUAAGGUGAACCUGCUUCUACCUGCUCAAGAGUCUCGGCGAUGGGUGCAUUAAGCUUGAAGUCUCCAUCAUAUGCCACACACAAGUACUUGUUGCGCUAAUCAAAGUGAUGCUUCCCGUAGACACUCUGCGUGCCAUCGGCGCUCUGCAUCGUCCUUCGUCUUCUCACCGGUUCUCUGAGGUCGGGCCUGCCGGCCCGCCACCACAUGUAUACCACUGUUAAUGCAGUUCGGUUACCGCUAUUAGGUAUUCGAAGGACUGUAAUUACGUAUGUCGCUCAAAGAGUCUUUCCUCGGAGUUCCAGGUUCCAACGCUUGUGGGGAGAGUCAAUACUACUUAACAGUGACUCGAAGAAAUUCUCCCCAACACGCCGACCUUGAUGGGACGACUGUCUAAUUCCUUCUUCAGCCUACUACAGAAGAUCUCAGCUCAACAUGACUCGGAGUGACUCUUUUUCCGAUUCCGUUGGUUUUCAAACUGUUGCAUAUACUGCAGUGGCAUCUAUAACAGUUUUACUUUUUGACUUCAUCAUCACUUUCGACUCGGAGGUUCGUUGGACAUGGGGAAGAGGGUGGGGAACAACGAGGAUAAUCUUCGUCGUUUCUCGCUAUUCACCGUUUGUAGGCCUUGUUAUGACCGUAUACUACUCGGUCGGGUCCGUCCAUGGAGGAAUUCCCAAUCAUGGGACAUUCACUGCUGUAUAUGAUGUCAUCCGCUGGUUGGGUAUAGCUGCUGCUGAGCUCCUGCUUGUGAUAAGGACAUAUGUGAUUUGGGAGUGUAACAAAAGGUUCUUGGUUUUGACAUUGAUUCUUACCACGGCUGUUUCAAUAGCGGUGCUGGUAAUCUCAGACGUUGGUGCAAGCAAAUCCAGAGAUUCGACUGGCGUAUUUGUGGAAGGGCAGAGCUCCAGCAUAGUUUAUGGUUUGUUGAUGUUGGUCGAGCUUGUGCUGAUGACGCUGACACUGUACAAACACUUCAAAUAUUUCCGAAUGGAACAUAGUCCGUUGGUGACUGCUUUAUGUCGGGAUGGCAUAAUUUCCAUACUUUGUAUCACUCUGGUCUCGACGGCCAAUUGCAUUUCCAUCAUUUUACUACCUCCAUCCUACAGUGCACUCCUUGCUGGCCCACAGCUAGUCGCGCAUAGCGUUCUCGCCUCACGCCUCCUGUUCAAUUUGCGAGAAAUGUCCGAAUUGCAGAAUGCUGUGAUCGACGAGACUAUCCUGGAAGCGGUUUCUCAACCCAUAGCGUUUCAAAUCCCACCUUGCACGCACCAGAGCUGUAGGAUUUUACAAACCGCUAGUCCGAUGUCUACACAAUCUUGUUUUAUUGACGAUAAUCAUAUGCUAUUGUGAGGUCAUUAAUGUAGUCAAUUCGAUGGUUUAUCCAUGCAGUAUAUAUCGAGUAAGCAUUCAAGUUGUCCUGGAAUAUGUUAUGGCAUCAGCGCGUCGUCUGUAAAUUAUAAUGACAUGUACGAGGGAAGCAUAUGGUACAGCUGAAGCAUUUGGUCAAGUAUGGUUC